GGAAACACUACACUUUCCGUGCGCAACACUUCCUUGUUGUACUCCACAAACUCAUUUAUGCUUUCAGUUUAUGGUUUGCGAGAUUGUUUAGAGAAUGGGUGAAUUUUGAAAAGGUGGUAUGUGCGGCGUUGUUAUAUUAAUGAUACCGACAUAAUAAUCAGUCCUUCCAAAAGCAGACGACUUACCGGGUUCCGAACGACCACGCAUAUCGGUUCCUGCAUUCAGGGUAAAAGACGUUCAUAAAACAUGACGUCACGCUUGGCUCAGUUUUUGGCAAGUUGAGAGGUGUAGUGCCGGGGAAACCCAUUUUGAGGCAGCGGAUAGAUCGAACGUGGAGGCAAACUCUUGGACAACUCCAGGAAUAUAACUUCUUUCGGAUUGUGGAGAGAAUAAACUGGACUAUUAACAUCUAGAGCCGUCUCGUUUAUGUUUGUAGUGAGCUGUGACUGUUAAUAACUGCUAGAAUAUUAACUUUCUGAAAGGAGAAUAGGAACCAGAGAAUGCUUGGACAUGGCGGUGGAAAACAAAGAAGAGAGAACACUGAAGCGCUUGGAGGAGGCGAUGCGAUGUCCACAGUGCCAGAAGCAGUUCCAAGACCCUAGAUACCUGUCCUGUGGACAUUCCUUCUGCCGUAAGUGCAUCGGAGAGUUCGUGGUUAUGAAAUCGGUGUCUUGCAUCAAAUGUGAGAAGUCUUCGCACGUUCCACAUGGAGAUACGAACAACCUCAUCAAGAAUCUAGCCCUAGCUGGACUGGUAGACUCCUGCAAGAACCCUUACUCAGAGCCAUCCAUCAAAUGUUCUGGAUGCAGGGUCUAUGAGUCGAGAGAGGCGGUCGACUAUUGCUAUACUUGUCAAAAGGCCAUAUGUUCCCUAUGUACGCAGUCGCACUUUAAUUUCCGUCACAAAGUGGUUCCGAUCACGGAUUACGAAAUGGAAAGCAUGAAUGUAAGAGACAAGAUGACACAGUCACUCGUCAACAGGACAGCCAUUAAGAAGACCGCGCUUGAACAGAGAAAGGAGCUGGUGUCGACUCAGAUGAAGCGAGUUGAAGCGUCGGCGAGUAACCUGAUCGAAGACGUCCGGAGGACCUUUAACGAGCAUGUCAAGCAUCUUCAAGAAGAACGGGAUGCGAUUCUUGAAGAGACAAGAGAACGCGAGGGGUUCUUGCUGAACAAACUGCAGACGGUAGAAGACUACGUACAGAAAUACUCAGAAUCACUUUCGAAGAUCAGUUCCAACUUGCUGAUCAAUAACAAGAAGCGUCUGCGUGGAGGGGCCCUGUCGACCUACAUCACGCUUUGUCAGGAACUAGAAGCCCUCCUGGAGGACGACAUUGAUCUGGAUAUCGUCAAGGAGUCGUCAGCGUAUGCCGAGAGUUUCACAUUCCAUGCCAAUGAGCCAACGAACAUGGGCAUGACGGAAAGAGCAGAUCCAGAAGAAUGGAAACUGCGAUUCGAUUAUGUUGCCCCGAACAGGGGCGCGGUGCGCAGUAUGUGCGCAACACCAGAUGGGAAGUUAGCAGUUGGCUACUCCAAGAAUAGCGGCGGCUUGAAUUUUUUCAGCCCGUAUGGAAAAUGGGAACAUCUCGAGUCAAUGGCCGGUGUCCUGGUGAGAAGCGUUGCCUUUCUUCCGGACGGUCGUUGCGUUAUUCUGGACACCGACAACACCUUGUACAUCUACAGUAUUUCGAUGGAGAAACUAAGCUUCGAGUUCGAGACGCUCGACAAUACCGUAGGAGGAACGGGCCAGUUGUGCGUCGAUGAACAACAUGCUAUUUUUGUAGCGUACAAGAAAGCGAAGAAGAUCCAGAUCUUUUCGCCGCGAGGUGGAGCUGCUCAAAGAGAGAUCACCUUUGACAGCAUAGAACCUCUUGACAUUCGUGUGUCUCCAAGUGGCGCGGUGGUCCUGGUUUCAUGGCGGAAACUCAAGGUGUUGAACCUGAAGGGGGAUGCCAUCGGCGAGCUCACACACAACACGUGUGACGAACUAAUCGUUGCUGAUGUCUGCAGAGACAACACGGUGAUCGUCGCGUACGUCUCUCAGCGUGCCGGAACCGCGGGAAUGGACCUUCUGACGGUCCGUCGGUACGACUCGACAACCGACUUCAAACUUAAAGAGACGCUCUUCCAAGAUUGGCCCAUCGAGAUAUCUGCAAUGCCGUUCUAUUCUAUCAGGGAACUGAUCACGGGUGAGAUCUGUUUCUGCACCAAGGAUAGGAUUUAUCUCUUCCAGAAACCAGCAGGUACGAUCAACGACGUCGGGUUUGGUGAUUACGACAUCUGCCCUACGAGGCCAUGACCUCAUCAGCAGAGCAAGGGGGAAAUAGAAGGUCAAAACAACACAACUUGCUUGCCCAUUCUGACCGGUUUUUCGCAGACUGUUCAGCAAAACUAAUUUCUCCUUUCCACUGAAAUACAUGUAACAGCUGUAUGAAAGUCCUUCAACAAUCUAUCAAACACUUAUCGGCAAAGUCACUUCAGAGGCUAAUGGUUAGAAUUAGGCUUAUAGUGCAAACUCGUAUUCAACAGCAUUUCUUGUGGAUAUUUUGAGACAGUAAUUCCCUCUCUCUCUCUCUCCGCACCAUGCUUAUCCUGCUUAUAGAAACGUACGAUAGUGUAUACCCAGUGCAAGAAACAGCAGACAAUCUAAGCCCCUUUAAAACCAAAGGGAAAAUAAAGGAAUCGAAAAUUAUCUAAUUUUUUAAAAGGUAACUAUUACAUGUAUUAUGAGACCACACAAUUCAUGAACAAACAGCAAAGCAAGGAUUUCUUCAUCAUACGUAAUUUCAACUUUCAUACAUUUAUUACUUUCUUACUCCUAUAACUAUGUUAGAAACUAAAUUUAGGUAAUUUUUUCUUGUUGAACAUUUAUUGUACCUCUCUACUCAGACCAACGAUCAGUGAAUGUUAAAUUUCCAUUUAAUCAUGAAUAUGUAUUUAUGUAUGUGCAUGUAUGUAAGUGCGUAUGCGUGGAUGUGUAUGUGUGUGAGUGCUUGUGUGUGUGUGUUUGAAAUUAUCACAAACGGUUAAGGGCUGUGUUGAUAUUAAACAAAAACAAAAAACUAAAUAAAUGUAUUACAUGUUGUAUAUGUUUAUCAAGUAACUUCCGUGUUAAUGAGCAGCUGAAAUAGAGAUUCCUGCGGGAAAGAAG